AUGAUCCCCACCUUACUCGCUGCUCGCGGACGGUCCCUGUUCCUCUUUGGUACAUUAGAGGCUGCAUUUGCAGGAUUCGUCUAUACGCAAUACUUCAAGACUAGGGCAACGAGCAUCCUUCCGAAGGGCUCGCUUCCAUCGCAUAUUCCCUCCGGCAAUUUAAACCUUUCGCUUCACUGA